AGCGGUUACAUGAGAUGGCUGCAGUUGUUUGUGCUGUUGUGAUAGGUAAGCCAAAGCUACAACUAAAUGAUGGACUAUGAUGUUAUUAAACAUAGAGAGUCAGCUAGCUGACAAUAAUAAGGCAAAUGCAGAGAUUUAACUACAUCAUAUGGGUAACUUUGGAACAUUUUGUUUUCAAGGUUCCGAAUCAAGUUGCCUCGACUCCCGAGUACGAAAGACCAUCAACAACUGAUUGAUUUCACGACUCUCACAAUGACACCUGCUGGAAAGACCAGCAUUGACGAAAAGGUCUUGCAGUAUGAAACGUUUAUUAGCGAUGUGUUGAAACGAGAUUUGGAGUAAGUAGUCUAUUUUCCUUAGUGUCAUUUUAUUCGCUAACUCAGAUGUGUGCAACAUUUUCGGGCACGUGCACAAAUUUGUUUUUUAUGUUCUGACAGGAGGGUAUUGGAGCAAAGAGAUGGAGUGUAUGAAAAAAUGGCCCAAUAUCUACAACUGAAAAAUACCAUUGAAAGCCUAAAGGUAUAGCUUACCACCAUUGCACCCACUUACAUUGGAUAUCUAUUGCCAACACCAUGAUGAAUAGAUGUGACCAUCAAACAGUGGGCCAACAACAUUUCUACAUUUCUCUAGACUGUAUAUUAAUGUAGCUAUGUUGUGUCAUAUAAAUAUUGUAUAACAUAAAUGUUGUAUAAUAUAAAUAUGUUGGGUGUUGUUUUGUUGUGCUUUUCCCGUUAUUGAGAAUAUUUACAUUUUUGUCAUUUAGCAGACGCUCUUAUCCAGAGCGACUUACAGUAGUGAGCGCAUACAUUUGUCCUAUUUGUUCGUACUAACAAAUUGUCUUCAUAGGAAUCAGAGACGAGGGGACUCAAAACAGAGAUAGAUCUUGGCUGUAAUUUCUACGUCCAAGCACAUGUGUAAGUGAUUAGGUAUAUUGAAAAUUGUCCAUAUUACUUUUUUUUUUUUAUUGUGAUUGAUUGAGGCCUUGACUGUCUGAGUUGUUUUGUUUCAGGGAAGACUCGUCAAAAAUCUUUGUUGCUGUUGGAUAUGGCUUUUUCGUCGAGUUAACACACUCAGAAGCUCUGAAGUUCAUUGAGAAAAAGACAAAUCAGCUUACAACGUGAGUAGCACCAGCAAUACCCAUUAAAACACACACAUAAGUAAUUAGUACAGUAUCUUGUAAACAUCUGUCAAACUGAUUGGCCACCAGAGGGCACACGUGUUUUGUUAUUACAGUACUAUGAAACAGCAUUGUAUUUAGGCCCAUGUUUCAAGCUCUCAACUUGGAUAAACCUUAUAAAUUAAUGAAUCCUUAUAAAUUAUAUUUCCUUUUACAGACACACUGAAGUGUUGACCAAAGAUUCAGCUAAAAUCAAAGCCAACAUUCGCAUGGUGUUGGAGGUGAGUGAGCAUGUGAAUGAUUUAAAGUAUGGUAUUCUAGCUCUCACAAUAGUAUUUACUACUUGCAAACUAUUAUGAUGGUAUUAUGAGCAUGGUACAAUAUUACACAAUGUGGGAAAUAUUUCACAACAAAAUGUAAUGGCAGAUAAAAAAAAAAAAAAAGAUGUAAAUGUUUUUCUAACUAACAGGGAUUAAGAGAGCUUCAAGGUCUUACGGAUGUUCCUGAGAAAAGGAGGAGAGACGCUCUCUAGCUGCAGUAGUUCUGGUCUGCUCUGACCUUUAGUUAUCCGUUUUCUAUCACAUUCAUAAUAGUGAUAAGGCUGUAUUAUUUCCAUUGCUCUUUGGUUUAUUUAUUCAAUGGAAAUGGUGUAAAACAAACCUUUGAUACAAACUUGGCACCUGAACAGGUUGUGCUGUUUAGAAGUUGCUGUAAAACUGUAAUUCUGCGGCAAAUAAAAUGGGAAAUGCGUUUUUAAAACUGUUAACCCAGUUUCAGUGGCUUGCUUAUGUUUGAUGCAUUUUUUUUGGCAUUGUAUUACGAGAUCAAGGAAACCUUAUGUUGACAAAUGAUAUUCCUACAACUCUUUCCAAUAAUAUCUCAAAUAUAUCCUAAAUAUAUUCACAUUUUUGGUAUCCUGACCUCUCUUAUCAAUGCCUGAAGUCAUCAUCAAUAACUCAAUUAAAUAUUGAAGAAAAUAAAUUUUGCAAACACGGAUGAACAUGCCUGAUCUUAGUGUGGUACCUCAUAUAAAUGUCACCUCUUCAAAGCCACCAGCACCUUCAUCUUCAAAUAGCAUGGUGAAGUGCUGCCGUGGAGGGAACGUUCAGAUUACUCUAUACUAGUUUCUCAUGCUGAGAAACUGGAUUUUCCUGUUCAAUGUAAAUUCUUCAAGUAACAGAGACAUUGGUCUCUUGACUUAUACGGCAAUAGGAACCAUAUCCACCUUUUCACUUCAUUUAUGCUUUUGUAAUGAUGUAUUUUUAAACUAUCACUUGUUAAAUUAUGACUUUUGAAGCCAUCAAGUCACCAUCGCUUUACAAAACUGCUCUCAUUUAAUUCUGGCCUGUUGGACAAGUUACCAUGUACUCACAUGAAUGUCUUUUUUAUUUUAUUCCAAUCAUAUACCUGUAAGCCUUUUGUGACCAUAGAAUUAGGAAUAUUCAUAAUUAAUAUAUUAUUAUAUUAAC